CCUUUACAGCUUUCUGUGCGAGUUUCGAGCUAAGAUGGCGUCUGCACAGUUAACGGAUGAGGAGCUUUUCUCUGAGUUAAAGCGCUUUGGAUUCUUCCCGGGCCCGAUCACAGAGAACACUCGGCCUGUGUAUUUGAAGAAACUGAAGAAACUACGCGAGGAGCAACAACAACGAGGGUCUAGAUUUGGGAAAACGCGAAACAGCGGCAGCAUCAACAACAACAGCGGCGGCAGUGGUAAUAGCAGCAACACAGCGGCGGGAGCUUCGAGACCCAAAGCCAGGCCAGCCAGCAAUGACGUCACGCACCUGAGCGCAAGCCGGAGCCCCGGUGGGCGCCCGACCCCGAACGAAAGGCGCACAAGCGGGGGUGGGAAGUUCGUGCUCGGAUUUAGCUCCGAUGAAUCGGAUGCCGAGAUACCCCAGAAAAAGGAGGGCCUAAACCAUAGCAGCAGUAGGAGAGACCGAGGCUCUGACUCGCAGCGCCAGCAGACAAGGCCUACAGGAACACCCAGUGGCGCUCGCAGGAGCCCAGGAGUCGGCGUGAACAACUCCUCGCCCGCGCACGAUAGUCUGAGAAGCAGCACUGGGGCUGCCUGGUGGGGCGAUCGAGACAAAUACUCAGCCAAUCGUUCUCAAUCAUCUGUGAACGACGGAAGAGCUUACGAAGAAGACGACGACUACGAGGAGGAGACCGAGAGGGACACACGGGCGCUGAACGGCAGCAGGGCGUCUUACACAUUGCAUACCAGCAAGCUUCCCGGGGAUUAUUCGGAUUCGGAUGAGGAGAAGGAGGAGGGGGGCACGGAGAAAGACCGUCAGCGAGAACGCCGUCUGACUUCCACGCGAAGUCAUUCGAAAACCUCAUCCCCCUACAAAACUUUCAGGGGGUCUCCAAGCGGCCAGGGGAAAAUGGCAGUCGGAAUUCGAGUAAAUGACACUUCAGACGCUAGCAGUCUAGACAGGGCGAGGGGGGAGGAGGACGACGACGAAACCACAGGCGUUGGAGAGUCUGCCCUGAGCGGCGGCCUGCUCAACCGCCACUAUCCCAGAAUGUACGGCUCAGGAAUCAUUGACGAAACUUCAGGGGAAGGAAGUAAUAGCAAUCCAUCGGCAUAUCUGAGAAAUCAUAUUGAUGGCGGGGAAGGAGCCAGUACCAGCGGCUUUAGCAUUGGGCUAAAACCACGGUAUUCUUCUCACAACAGCCUGUGUGGCACCUAUCGGCCUAACCAUUCGAACCACACGGGCUCCAAUCACGCCUACAGCCAGUCGACCCACAAACAGAAACUGUCUGUUCCCGAAGACGAGCUUCUGCAGCAAUUUAAAAGGGAAGAGGUCUCGACAACAGGCGGCUUUAGUGCUCACUACCUUUCCAUGUUUCUCCUAAUCGCUGCCUGCCUCUUCUUCGUUCUGCUUGGCCUGAUGUACCUGCGCAUGAGAGGCACUGGCGCCUCCGAGGUGGAUGCCAUCCGGAGCCACCCGUUUGGAACAGUAUUUGAUGAGACUUAUAAUACCGAAGAGAAAAAGACAAUUCUGAAACUGCUGCUUCAUCUACAUGAGCACCUUGCCAAUAUCGCAGGUGAAUAUGACUGUGGGGACCAGAAGCAAGUGUUAAACAGAAGCUUGUCCAUGAGCGAUGCGGAAGCAUAUUUAAAGCUCCAGAACCCGGCCUAUGGAGAGUUAAUGGUGUCUGCCUUGGAGUGGAUCGUUCGGACAGGAGAGGAUGUGGGCAUACGGUUGAUUGGAGCCGUCCCGGAGGAGGCGGUGACUGACGUGUCGGAGAUCAGCCGCCUAGAGUCCACCCAUCCUCGGAUGUCCUUCCUGUGUCGCUUCCGAAGGGCGUUCUUCACCGUCAUCCUCAGAGUGCUCCUCAUACUUGCAGGAAUCGGGAUGGUGUGGGGCCUGCUGAGUUACAUGAAGUACCGCUGGAGGAGAGAGGAGGAGGAGACCAGGCAGAUGUACGACAUGGUGGAGAGAAUCAUCGAUGUUUUGCGGAGCCACAGUGAGGCUUGUCAAGAGAAUAAAGAUUUGCAGCCCUACUUGCCCAUACCACACGUCCGAGACGCACUCAUUCAGCCGCAGGACAGGAAGAAGAUGAAGAAGGUGUGGGACAGGGCCGUGAAGUUCCUGGCCGCCAACGAGUCGCGCAUCCGCACGGAGGUGCAGCGGGUGGAGGGAGCCGACAAGGAGGUCUGGAGGUGGCUGCAGCCCUCCAUGUCCUGUGACAAGAUCAUGAUGCCCUCCAAAGUCUGGCAAGGCAAAGCGUUCCCACUGGACAAGAGGAACUCUCCACCCAACAGUUUAACACCCUGUCUGAAGAUCCGCAACAUGUUUGACCCCGUAAUGGAGGUCGGGGAGAACUGGCAUCUGGCCAUCCACGAGGCCAUUCUUGAAAAAUGCAGCGACAACGAUGGAAUCGUCCACAUUGCCGUCGACAAAAAUUCCAGAGAGGGCUGUGUCUAUGUCAAGUGUCUCUCGGCAGAGCAUUCUGGCAAGGCCUUCAAGGCGCUGCAUGGCUCCUGGUUUGAUGGUAAGCUGGUGACGGUGAAGUACCUGCGACUGGACCGCUACCACCAGCGCUUCCCCCAGGCGGUGGGCUGCACGGCCCCCCUGAAGCCCUCCAGCUCCAGCAGCAGCCUCAUGGAUGCCAUGGCAGGCCUCCGCCACCGCUCCAACACAGCCAACUCCCUCGGCUUCUCCUGAGGAGCCUGCUCUAGCUCUCUCCCUCCCGCAGCGCUCUCCCCACACUACCACCGCCCACCCAGCCCCAGCCCCCUACCUCGCACCCAGCCCCACCCACCUUCUCACUGACUGACUCCUCCUCACUCUCUCCCCCCUUCCCUGCAGCCCCCCACCUCCUGCUCCAUCGCUGAUGCUGAGGCACACAUGCCGCCCGAGCAGCGCUAACGUUAGAGCUUCCUGCCGCGGCUGACCAUUGGGGAGGGGAGGCGGGGAGUGCAGCUGCAACUAAGGGAAGGGAUGCUCGAGUGUAUGACAAGGGGGUCAAACCUCAAGGGCCUCUUCGGAGCAACCCGACUGAGCUCUGGAAGGGGGUUGAUCAACUGGUUUAGAGUUAAGUGACACGAGUGUGUGAGAACUCCUUUCGCCUUCAGCUCCCGGCCCUCACCCUGCUUCUCUGGUGCAGUGGACACAAAUUUAUAUCUUUGGUUUUUUUUUAUAAUACAUAAACUCUAUGGAUCUAAAGAGACGUGGCUUCCAAGUUAUAAUGUUCAUAUUUAAAAAGGUAUAUGUAAGAGAGGGCUGCACUUCUGUCUCUCUCUAUGGUGCGCGCUCUCCCUUUCCCCACCCCCGUUUUUAUGAAACGUCCCUCCCUCUCUCCCGACGCUAAGCGGAGAGACUGCGAGAUCUACAUAACUGCAUGUGCUGGUUAAAGUAUGCCUAUAUUUAAGCUUUGAAUUGUAACAUAAAAAUGUGGAUGUUUAUUUCUUA